CUCGGGGGUUCGUCAGUUAGAGAAACGGAGCGAUGCUUCGUCGUCUGACCGCGGUACCACAGCGACAGACUGGACUUUAAAUCAGACUGGACCCGUCUGAAAUGAGGUGUGGUGAUUACAAUCAGACACGAGCAGUAACAAGAACCAUGGUGACCAAGAAGAUCCGGACGGAGUAUAUGAAGAAGUUUAAAGAUCCCAAAUGGGAGACGUUUUCCAAAUGCUACGAGGACUCUCUGAAGUACCGGCUGACACGGCGGGUGAUGGAGCAUUCCCACAAGCCCUGGUUCUGGGAGGGCUGGGACAGCGGCUCUGACUCCAGCGGCUGGUCCACGCCUCGGCUGACCAGGAACAAAGUUGCCCCUCUGUCCCUCCCACCACCACCGCCGCCGCCGCCGCCGCCGCCGCCGCCAUCCACGGACGUGAAGCAGAAGUUGUGGGAGCUGAAGAUCAGUCCUGAGCCGAAGCCGCCGCCCGAGGAGACUGAGGUUGGAGCUGGAGAGGCUGCAGUUGUAGACACUGCACUGACAUCAGAGAACGGUGUGAAUGAAGCGAGCGGACGUUCUGUGGCGGCGGCUCCAAACACCAGCGGACAUUCAGAUCACACAGCGACAGACAACGGGCCGGCCGACACGACUUCUUCUGACGGGGAGCCGGUGAACCCGGUACCGAGAAGGCGACACCGUCGCCGCACCCCUCACUCUGAGCCGGGACACCCAGACAGUUCCCAUGAUGACAAACCAGCUGUCGUCCGCAAACAGCAGAGAGCAAAGAGCCAACCACCAAUCAGCACCAAGGAGAAGGAGAAGGAGAACCGGAGACCGUCCAGCCGGCUGGACUGGACCGAGAGACAGACGGAGGUCAGGAGGACGCCCAAUGAUAGCCACACGUCCGACGCCUGCGUUCAGACCCGGCGGGAGUCCGACAAACGGAGCUCCAACCCGGACCGGCGGCGGGCUCGCUCGGCCGACCUGGAGAAGAUAAGACGGUCUCAGCUGAUGGUGGUGGAAGACCGCUGGAUGACGGAGUACAUGCGCUGCUUCUCCGCCCGGCUGAGGUAGACACAGGAUCCACCCACGAACCCUGAAAAUCACGUUUCCUUAUCGGAGAGCGGGGAUCAGACGGCGGCUCAGUUCGUUUGACAAACAGAGAACCAUGUUGUCUUGUUUCAGUCCAUCACACUGACACGCUGCUCGCUGUCUUGUCUCCUUUAAGGACGGCGAGACAACAGAAAAAAGUAAAGUCAGGAAGUGGGCAAAGCUCUUUAUGUAGAAAUUAACUUUGCACAAAAUAAAAUUCAAAUUUACAUCAAUAUUGUGCAAAACAGGAACAGAGGAUGAAACAGGGUCAUGGUCAUCAGAUAUACAUAUAUAUUCACAAAAUCACAUUUUCAUCCCUUUAGUUUGGUGAGUUAAAUUGAUAAAUACUACAUUACCCACAAGGCUCAGCAGCUGUUUCUAUAGAAAAAGCUCACUCAGAACUAAAGUCUGAUAGAAAACUUUUUUCAGGCCAAUAUUAAUAUUUCUAGUUUUUUUUUUUAAUAUCUGAGAAAUCCAGUUUUCUCUUGAGAACAAACGACUGUUUUUAAGCUGUUUUCAAAAUUCAAUUCCUGAAAUUAUUAACCUUCAACUAAGUAAAAUAACGGCCAUUCUAAGCAUAUGAUUGGCUGUUUGUUGCCUCAGUGCACUCUGGGACAUGCAGUUGCCUCUCUGAGAGUUUCAAAUGCCCUAAAAUAAAAUACAAUUUAGAACAUAAUUACAAUAAAAUAUGUGAAUAAAAAAAGUGACUAAUGUUAAAAUAUAACCCUUAUAAUAAUAUAUAUAAUAUAACACUUCUUCACUUUAUAGCACGGAUCACAUGUGAUGGACUGAAAUGUUUUCUCUGGUUCUGUGAUUUGACAAUGACCAAACAUCAGAGAAUUAACUCUUUCUAAGCUUUUAUAUAAAAAACAGAAUAUGACACCCACAUCACGUUUCGAAUGUAUUUAAUUUCAGAGCAUGAAAGUCUCACACACACUGCUGUGCUUUAAUUUAUCUGUUUAUCAUUGUCUCUCAUGAAGGCAGCUGUGUUUAACUCAGUGUUUAACUCAGUGUUUAACUCAGUGUUUAACUCAGAGUUUAACUCAGUGUUUAACUCAGAGUUUGACUCAGAGUUUGACUCAGUGUUUGACUCAGUGUUUGACUCAGUGUUUAACUCAGUGUUUAACUCAGUGUUUAACUCAGUGUUUGACUCAGAGUUUAACUCAGUGUUUGACUCAGUGUUUGACUCAGUGUUUGACUCAGUGUUUAACUCAGUGUUUAACUCAGUGUUUGACUCAGUGUUUGACUCAGUGUUUGACUCAGUGUUUGACUCAGAGGCGGCAGAACGGACCAAACUGGAAUAUUUUUGAUAUCUGAGUAUUUUGGAAUUUAAAGACACUAGCGCUGGAUGGUUUAUCAGAAAUAUAGAAACACGCAAUUUAUUUGAUAAAAUUAGUAUUUAAGGUAUUUUCAGAGUAAAACUAUAUUUAAGAUGUGCUAGCUUUAUAAUCAUCUCAGUUUUAAUAAAUUAAAUGCACUGAGUUCAAAUCAGUGGACUGUUAAACGUUGAUAUCUCAGAGUUUGUUUGGCAUAAAUUCAGGUUUUGACGUAUUGUGGCUGUUUAGCAGCAGCAUCCUGCAGCUUCUCGUUUCCAUUCAUUAUAAACAUGGUGCUUUUCCGUUACUGCAGUGUUAAACAACAAUGACUUAAUUCUCCUAAUUCAGCUUUUUGGGGUUAUUAUGCAAAUUAAAUAGUUUCUGAAUUAGUUUUACAGAGGGUUUAAAUAAUGCGUUUGUGACAUUUAUAAAAAAAUGCAACAUCUCGCUGAAACUUAUUUGUUUUAUUAGAAACUCAGAAUCCAGGAUUUUCUGCAGCGUAAAGCCCAAUAACAUGAAUCAGUUCACGUUCAUGUGUGACAAAGAAAAGCUUCAAAUAUUGGACGUUAACUUUAAAAAAAAUGCAUACAAUGAUAAAUUAUUGAUUGAUUAAUAGAUUAAUCAAUAGAUUAAUCAAUCAAGCACAAAAUAUUAUUUAUUAAUAAGUAAUACAGUAAAUAAAUAAUGAGCUACAUCUAUAACUGCUCCAAAUGUUCAUAGUUGUUCACAGAGAAUAAAUUGAUUCUAGACCCUAAAAUAAAGAGUUUCACAUUUACCUGCAGAAAAACCUGGACUUUACAUUUACUGUUUAAACCCAGGGAUGGAACUAAAUAAGAAAAAGUAUAAAUUUAAACACGUGUGACCUCCUUGUAUUUGAAGCAGCUCUGUGUGUCGAUGGUGGACGUUUAGAUUUUAAACUUUUAUCUGUUUCCAUCCAAUCGAACCGAAUGUGAAGAAAAGUGAAAUAUUAAAUGUCGUAGUGAAGAAACGUUUUUCAACAACAGAGUUUUGAGUUCAGUCGGUCGUUUGUUGAUGUAACUAAAGAUUGUAAAUACAUGGUGAUGUCAUUUGUCGCGUCCAGUGACUCACACCGAGGGCUAAUGAUCACGAUUUAUUGUAUUUAACAUGUACAUUUUCUGAGUAAACUUUUGAAACUGAAUGCAUAUGAAUUCACCAGGAAUGUUUCUUCGAUCUCACACCGACUCGACCUCCUCACGCUGAAUGUGUAAAACUGCUUAUUUAUAUUUGUGUAUUACUUUUGAUUUCCAAGAUUCACGGUCACGAGUUAGUUACUGACAUCAGGUCAUUUGUGAAGUUUGUCCAGUCUGAAACAACAAGGCGCUGUUACUAUAUAAUAAUACAAUAAUAAACACACAGAGACAAAAUAUCAACAAAUUGAAGCUUAAGGUAUAAAAAUAUUCACAUAAACCUUCAAAAACUCCUGUUGUUUGAACCCGACUUCAUGUUUAACUGCUCUUUUUCCAUCUGGACAAAUCAAGACAUGAAAUUUAAAAAAGAAAUUUCAUUUUUCUUUCUAAAAUGGAGCCAAAGCAUCUGAUCAAUCAAGCGCGUGUUGUCUCAGACUGAACAUCUGGAUGUUUCUGUGAUUUCUAAGAGUCAGAACAAUCAGACAAUCACAGGAAAGUAUUUGAACUACUGUUGAUGAAUUAUUUAAGCUAAAAACAAACACUAAAUAUAAGCUAUAACAUAUAAAGAGUUUGUGUUGGAGAAAGUGUUUUUCUUGCUGUAUCUUUACUAAAGCUUUGAGUUAUUUCCUAGUGUGUUUUACUGGCAGAAGAUUAAAUAAAAUAUGUAUUAUACAUCUGAAUAUUUAUCCAUACUCUACGUCCGAUGAUGUUUACAUUUUUGGUCACUGUAUUUGUAUUUGAAAACAUGCACAAUAUAUAUUUUCAUCCACUUUAAAGUGUUGCUGUGAAUAAAUCAUAUUUGAAUAAAAUCGUAUUUGAAUAGUU